GGGCUUCGGCGGCCCUCGCCCGCGCUCGCCGCCCUCGCUCCGCGCCGCCGCCGCCGCCAUGGGGUGCUGGGGCCGCAACCGCGGGCGGCUGCUGUGCAUGCUGCUGCUGACCUUCAUGUUCAUGGUGCUGGAGGUGGCGGUGAGCCGCGUGACCGCGUCGCUGGCCAUGCUCUCCGACUCGUUCCACAUGCUGUCGGACGUGCUGGCGCUCGUCGUGGCGCUGGUGGCCGAGCGCUUCGCCCGGCGGACCCACGCCACGCAGAAGAACACGUUCGGCUGGAUCCGCGCCGAGGUGAUGGGCGCCCUGGUGAACGCCAUCUUCCUCACCGGCCUGUGCUUCGCCAUCCUGCUCGAGGCCGUCGAGCGCUUCGUGGAGCCGCACGAGAUGCAGCAGCCGCUCGUGGUGCUCGGCGUCGGCGUGGCCGGGCUGCUGGUGAACCUGCUGGGGCUGUGCCUCUUCCACCACCACAGCGGCCUGGGCCGCGACGCCCACGGCCACUCGCACGGGGGCCACGGCCACGCCAAGGGGGUCCGCGCCCGGGGCCCGCGCCUCGGCCCGGGUCCCGGUCCCGGUCCCGGCCCCGGCCCCGGCCCCGGCCCCGGCCAAGCCAGCGCGGCCCCGGGCGAGCCGGGCCCCGAGCAGGAGCAGGAGGAGACCAACACCCUGGUGGCCAACAGCAGCAACUCCAACGGGCUGAAGCUGGACGCCGCAGAUCCAGGAAAACCAAGGAGUGAGGAUGCAGUGGAAGUACAGGUGAAUGGGAAUCUGAUCCAUGAGCCUGACCAUGUGGACUCAGAGGAGGAGGAAGACUCGGCUGGGCAGCUGAACAUGCGAGGCGUAUUUCUGCACGUGCUGGGAGACGCCAUGGGGUCCGUGAUUGUCGUAGUAAAUGCCACUCUCUUUUACCUUUACUGGAAAGGUUGUGGCGGAGGGGAUUUCUGUGUGAACCCGUGUAUCUCUGACCCCUGCAAGUCCUUUCUAGAACAGAUUAACAACACGCAUGCCCCAGUUUCGGAGGCUGGUCCCUGCUGGGUGCUGUAUUUAGACCCAAGUCUUUGUGUUGUCAUGGUUUGUAUACUUUUUUACACAACUUACCCAUUACUUAAGGAAUCUGCUCUUAUUCUUCUACAAACUGUUCCUAAACAAAUUGAUAUCAGAAAUUUGAUAAAAGAACUUCGAGAUGUUGAAGGAGUCGAGGAAGUUCAUGAAUUGCAUGUUUGGCAACUUGCUGGAAGCAGAAUCAUUGCCACUGCUCACAUAAAAUGUGAAGACCCAACAUCCUACAUGCAGGUGGCUAAAACCAUUAAGGACGUUUUCCAUAAUCACGGAAUUCACGCUACCACCAUUCAGCCUGAAUUUGCUAGCGUAGGCUCUAAAUCAAGCGUGGUCCCGUGUGAACUUGCCUGCAGAACUCAGUGUGCUUUGAAGCAGUGUUGUGGGACACGACCACCAGCGGAUUCUGGAAAGGAUACAGAAAAGGUCCGUUCAGUUAGCAUUUCUUGUUUAGAACUUAGCGACAAUCUAGAGAAGAAGCCCAAGAGGACUAAAGGUGAAAACACCCCUGCUGUUGUGGUAGAGGUUAAAACAGUGCCAAACAAACCUGAAUCAUCUUUGUGAGUCUUGAAAAAGAGGUGGUAUUUGACUUUUGCUUUAAACUGCAAGAGGAAAAAGACUCCAUUGAAAUUCUAAGUUUGCCAAGCAGUGUAAUUGAAGUCCUUGUCUGGUCACAUUUAAUUCUAUUUUUGUAAGAACAUAAUGGGACUGCAUAACAGAGUUCUAUAUUACAACUUUGUGAUUAUUAGUGCACAGUACAGCUAUGCUGUAACAAUUUUUGAAAGCCAGUUUGAACACUAUGUUACAUUUUUGUUGAAAGUAUAAACCUUAUAACAAUGACAUUUGAUUUCCAGUUUUCCCAUGACAAAAAUUAGGGGGAUAAAUAAAAUUGUUACUGGAAUUUCUCUGCUUUUCUUUCCCCCAUUGUUGUAUUUUGUUAGAAUUAUAAUUGCUGGACCUUUAAAAAUCAACAAAUUUGUUUCCUUUGACAUUUUAGGGAAUUUUUACUUGCCCUUUGAUGUUAUAUAGCAUAAUGGUACCAUAUUUUAAGAGUGACUCAUGAGUAUUAGCAGGAAAUAAGAUCAGUUACUGUUCUGUUUUCUGUAUUGCUGAGUAAUAAACAGUGAGAUAAUUAAACUGAAUUGUAGUUUACACAUAGUAGGACAUCUAAGGGAUAACAGCAAGAAAGAAAGUUUACCAGCUAAAUAUUGAGAUUAGUGUAUAUUAAUAUUCAGACUGCAUGUCUAAAUUCUGAGAAUUUAAGUUCAUCUUGUUUUACCAAAGUUAGUCUGAAACGUGCACAUACUCACCAGCAUUACUUUCUUUCAAAGAUUGGUCUUAGAAACAUUGAGCUGAAAGUGUACUCACAAAAUAUAUUGCAAGCUAUUAACCUUUCAAAUUGCAUUGUUAAAAAAGCUUUCCAAGUUAGUUUUUGUAGUAAUGAUUCAAGCAGCUUUAAGCACAACCAGCAAUGCUUGUGCAUUGCCAAGAGCCACUGACUUGAGAAGAAAAUCAGAUGGAUAAUCAGUUUGCAUAUUAAAUUCUUAGAAAAUGAUAUGAAAAGAUUAAGAUUCUGUUAAGUCAUCAUGUCUUGACAUUGCUUCGUACCUCCAGUGGCUAAUCUUAUAAGAUGUCACAAUAUCCACCCCCAAAAUUGUUCUUGGCUAUUUCAUUAUUGCUGUAGAUUUCAGAUCCAACACAAAUAUUUAAGGGUGUUAAGUUAUAUUUUUCUUGAUAGAAAAGAGUUAUGCUUUGUGAAGAAAAUGUAGAUUUUGUCCUCAAAAGAAUGAUCACUAAUAUCAGUGAUACAUAGUUCUAUUUUUCUAGAAACAAGGUAUUCUGACUACUUUAGUAACUUUUAUAGCUGACUACUUUUGGGAUGGCCACCUUUUUGAGAUUUGAAAUAAUUCAUUGUUUAAUAGGUCUUAAGAUAAAAGUAUUGGUAUAUGACAGUCCCUUUUAAAAGGGAUAAUCUUUUGUGGUAGAGAUGGUGUGUUUUACCCUAAUCUAAGCCUGUUGCUGGCAAUGGGCCUAUUUAAGAACAGCAGAUUUUUUUUUUCCAAUGAGAAUAAGGUAAUUUUAAGAACAUAGUUUGUAAAUUCACAUUUAUUAUAAUGGGCCAAAACCAUUACCUGCCAAUUUGCAAUACAUCUUAAUCUUUUAAUACUCACAUUAUGUAAUUCAGCUCUUUAACUGGUAGUUACUUUGAAUUUUGCAAAAAGGUUGGGUUUUUGUUUUUUUUAAACAUGAAAUUGAGGAAUGUACCUGGUGAAGGAGAGAAAAGCUGCAAAUUAUAUUGCAUCAUGUAUAUUCCUGGCUUACCACUUCACAGAACACUUUAGUAGAAUCUUAGAACAGUUUGUUAUAUAGACAUUUUGGCAAGGAUACACUAGGAUAACUGGUAAGAUACAUUCAGCGGGUUUUCUCACAAAUGCUCUGGGAGCUGGCAGGUGGUGUGACACCUAGGUAUAAAGACGUUGCAGGGUGAGGGUGUUCGAGAAUGGAAAGGAUGGGACAAGGACUAGGGCUUAUUUUUCAGAAGUGCUUUGUAUGUUACAGACUUUAGUUAUACGUUUUAGUUAUUUCACUUUUGAUACUUUCUAAGUAGCUUAUCUGUAACAGUGGUACUGUAGGAUUUUCUUUUUUUCAAAAGACUUCGUCAUAGCAAAAUUAGUGUGCACUGACAUCUUUUGAGUUUUAGCAGAGAAUUAUUUAUUUCUUUACAAUGCACUUUCUAACCCAUUUUUAGCUAUAUUAGCAUUAUCCUUAAGAAAGAAAGACAUGCUUUUGUAUUUAAAUGUAGGAUUUAAGUGUCUUUUCCAAAAUAGCUUAUUUCUGAAAGAAAAUGCGGGAAGUACCCUGAAUUAUUAGGAAACUUAAACCCGUUAUUUAAGUGUGCCAUUCCAUGCACUGCAUGCCUCCUGCCAGCCCCUCUGAGCAAGGUCAGUGUAGAAUGUGUGUUUAGAAAUUUGUCUGUCUGAGUUUUGUGAGAAGGAGGUGCUGUGUGUGCCUGAAUUGAAAACAACCAGAAAUGUUCUCCAGCGAAAUGCAGCCUUACUGAUGAGAAACUUAAUUCUCCAUUGUCAACUUUUCACUUGUGUGAUUGUUCCUUUUUUUCUUCCUGGAGAUUAUUACAUAGCAAAAGUAUAGACUAGAAUCUGAUAAAAUCCUCAUCUUGCUGAAACUAAAAUGUUAUCCUAAGUAUGUCAUUUGUAUAGGAAAAAUUUCCUAAUGCACCUUGAAAAAAAUCACAGUACAUGGAAGACUGUUAAGAUGUUUGUGUCUUGUUGAUAUCCUCAGUUAAUUUUGAAUUUUGGAAGGUUUUGAGGGAAAAGACCUAUGGAACCUAAUGUGAAGUAUUUAGUUGGCUAACAUGUAUUGAGUUGAAGAUUUUUACUUUUUAAGCAAAUAUUUGAAUGAUGAAUAUGUCAUUAACCUGCUGUCUUAAGAUGUUCACACAUGCACAGGUAUUCAGAGUAAUUCUACAAUAUAAAAAUAUUUAUUUUAAUACUUUUCAGUUAAGUUGAUGCAACAGUGUUAAAACUCUUGGGAAGGUGGAAGGGUUUUUUUGUUGUUUGUUAAGUUGAAACUGUCAUACAGUGUUUUACCGUCUUCUGAAAUGGGAAUUGUAAAGCACUAUUUUGUUGUAGCUCUACCGAUAAUGUGGCAACGCUAUUUUAUUUUACUAACAAGCUUGGGAUACUUAGCAGUCAUUUUCACUGGCACAAAAGCCUUUUGUAUGUUACUCAGUUUAAACUUUUAAACCAAAAAUUUUAUGGUUCAGUGACUUUGGCCAAAAGAUGCUGAAGGGAAUGUAACAUACAAUUAAUAUGUAGUUAUAUAUAAAAAGACACAAAAUGCCAUGUUACGGUUCUGCCUUGAAACAGCACAAUGAAAUGUAUCAGUGUCUUCUAUGAUUCUUUAUGAAACUUCCAUGAUGUAUUGUUCUUGUGUCUGCUGCUGCCUGCCUUUUGGGCCAGAUGUGGCACAGUUAAAUGCAGUUGUCAUCUCAUUAAAUGCACAUGCAGAUGAAAUGUCUUAGUGCUGCAACAUUUUACCUUUUUGUAUGUUUUAUGACUAUGUUAUUUUCCAAAGCUGUUCCUACCUCACCACGAGGCUUUAUGGAUUGUUAUGUAUUAUAAAUGUUCUAUAUGAGACGGACUACUGUGUUUCUUCUCAUUUAUUAAAAGUUAAGUAGAAAAAUAAACUAAUUUUAAUAUCCA